AUAAAGAUGGCGGCUGUGCGAUCUUAGUGAAUCGCUCGAUCCCCCGCGAGCUAUGAGCGAGUUGCGGCCCUUUGACAAGCUGCCCCUGCUGAACACGGCCGGCGUGCUGCUGCUGGGCUCCGAGGAGGGCUGCCGGGAGCGGGUGGCCCGGGCCCUGCUCCAGGCGCCCAAACCCUUCCAGGUGAAGAUCCACAUGGCGCCCGGCCUGCCCCUGCCGCCCGAGGGGGAGCACCGCCGGCCGCGCUUCGACCUGGUCCUCGUCCUGGUCAGCCUGGACAGCCAGGCCAGCCUGACCGCCGCCCGGGCCUCGCUCCCCCGCCUGGACCCGCACUACUUCCUGGGCAAGCUCUGCUUCCUGGCCCUGGGCGCCGCCCGGCCGCACAUGGUGGAGAGAUCGGCAGUCAGGAAGCUGGCGGACACCCACCGGAGCCCCCUGCUCUUCGUGCAGCUCGACCGGCCGGAGGACAUGGACUGUGCGGCCCAGAGACUGGUCAACAUGCUGCAGGUCAGCGCCGGCCUGCUCCCCGGGAUCUCGGCACUCUAUGUGGGCUCCCUGCUGCAGAGCUCCCUCAGCUGGGACUGAGCUCCAUGAACUGGGACUGAGCUCCCUGAGCUGGGACUGAGCUCCCUGAGCUGGGACUGAGCUCCCUGACCGACACAGAGCUCCCUGCAGAUCUCCUUCAUCUGGGACUGAGCUCCUUGAAAUGUCAUUCAUUUAAUUUCCUCUCUCCUUUUUAAAGCUCACUGAGCUGGCCCCGGCUCUCUCUCCGCUGGUCUUAGCUAGCAAGGUUCGCUCACAACACGCUUUCGACUGUUGUCACUGCACAAUUACUGCAAAUAA